UUGAAAUAAGAUCAAGUCAUAUGUGUGGAUCAUGAAUUUGUUGAGAAAUUUGUGAAAGAUAAAGAAAAAAGAAAAAGAAAGAAAGAAAGAAAAUUUAAAAACCAAACAUAAGAAUAUGAAAAUGAAAUAGGAAAAGAAGCAGUCCAAAGUCAAGUUGGAGUUAAUUGGUGGGUAAGAAAACCGGACCCUUCAAAUAUGGCCAAUAUCUUAUGCCGUCUAAAUCUUUGUCCAUAGGGGCAAUAUAUUUUCAAUAAUAUGAUAUGAUAAGAAUAUAUAAACUUAUCUAAUUUAAUUGACCAAGACCUUUAAUAGAUCUAAAUAGUGAAAAAAAAAAAAAUCAUGUAAUCAAACUCACUAAUAAUUUGACAAGAACUGAGAAAUUUAGAAAUAGAAAAUCCAUGGUUCCAACUAUUGACACAUGUUUCAUGAUUUUUAAGUCGAACUUAAUAGUCAAAAUAAUCUUCUAUUCCCUUGCAAUUUGAUACCCCAGUUGAUUUUUAUUGUACAGUAUAAGAACAAAAUAAAAACUAAUCCUAUAAAAUAAUUAAUGCUAAAAACUUUACACUCUGACUCAAAAUUGACAACGACACCCACUUGAAUGAAAACCCAUCUGUAACUUACCCAAAACAUGUUGGAACCAAUCUAGGAAGUGAAAAAAUUAAUAGAGAAAUUAAUAUGUAUCCAUGCAGUAACGUACAAAACUAGACAUAUUCUUUGGAUUUGGAUCCAUUUGGAGACCUCUCUCUAGACUUAGUUUCCAUGGAUCAACAACAACAUUUGACCCCAAUCCAAGCAUCUUCUUCAAUUGAUCCCUCUAUAUAAUCCCAAAUGUUUUUGUAUCACAUAUCAUAUCAAUAUCUUCAAGUUCAAUCUCUCUUAUGGAAUUCAAGUACAGUCUUCAAUCACAAAUCAACAUGGAAGAAGAAAUAAUCGAUGAUGAUGUUUUCUAUGCUGAACUCAGAAGGCAAAUUUUGGUAUUGACAGCAGAUGACGAUGAUUAUGGGAACAAUAGAGAUGUACCUGAAAACAAGCAUUUAAGAUCUGCAAGCGGCGCCAAACAGGGCACUGGAUUUUGUUGCUCGGCUACCGUGAUACCCGGAAGUUAUUUCAGUUGGUUGGAGAACGAGGGAACAAAUGCUGUGCCGCCCACCUGGCUUGUGAACUUGUGGAGAACUGGCAAUGGAACUGGGGUGUUCAUACCUCAUAUUGUCAAAUCCAGAAGACGGCAUAAGAACAGAGGGAGGAACAAUGACAAAGGAAGAAUAUACAAGCCAAUGCCAAACAAGAAUGAAUGAAUGCAAGACUCUUUUCGGUGUCAAAAGAUGUGAAAUUGUAAUCAUACAUAAAAAUAUACAUUGCAAUAGUAAUAACACAAAAC